UCAUUUUGUUUCUGGAGUUUUCCAAAAAACAGCUAUAUAAGAUUCCAUAUUCUGACUCUCCCGAAUAGUUACGAAAAAUAAUCAAACAUGGAGUUUCCCCAUUUGGGACAACACUGCAGCGAGCCAUCAUGCAACCUAUUAGAUUUUUUACCAGUAAAGUGUGAUUCAUGUGAUAAAGUCUUUUGCGCCUCGCACUACAACUACGAGCGCCACAGCUGCCCAGGAGCCCACAGGAAGAAUGUCCAGGUGCCCAUCUGCCCACUUUGUCGUGAGCCCGUGCCAACCCCUCCGGGCGUACAGCCCGACGUCACAGUGGGUCAGCACAUCGACCAGCAGUGUAAGUCGGAAAGCAAGAAGAUCUACACCAAUCGUUGCCACGCAAAGGGAUGCAAGCGCAAAGAACUGGUUCCGGUCAAGUGCUCGCAGUGCCACCUCAACUUCUGCCUACGACAUCGCCACACCAGCGAUCAUGACUGCCAGCCUGCCAGCAAGCAGGCGCCACCAACUGCAUCUUUAAGUGGAGCAUGGCAGUCCAUAUUCAAGACCUCAGGAUCGGACACACGAUCCAUGGCUGCUCAGGCGGCGGAAAGGCGCCGGCAGACCAAACCAACCAAUAGUUCUACCAACUCGAAUCCCAGACCACAGGCCACACAAGUACAAAAUAUUCAGGGCAAUAUGAGUGAAGACGAGGCACUGGCACGAGCUCUUGCUUUAUCGAUUAUGGAACAGGAUGAAGCAGCAGGUCUUAAUCGCCAGUCAGGAGCUGCCAACUCCCAGCAAGUAACAGUGGGUGGCGGCGACAGCCAGCAGGGAACUGCCAAGGACAAGUGCCUGUUGUCCUAGUCCCUAAAAGGAUUCUGCACUUUCAAACAUAUCCAUCACUUGACCAGCAGCUAAGAAUCUGCCAAACUAAUUUAUGUUAAUUCCUCAACUUGCAACUGUUAUCGUAAAAUUUGUUGGUAAUUUACUUCGACUUCGUCACAUUCUAAGUGGUUUAGCAAAAAUAAAUCAAUGUUAACUAUA